UGUAGUUUAAAAAGUUAAUGACAGUUUUAUACAUGUUUCUAAAAUGUCGCAUGGGAUAAAUUCAUUUAAAAUAAAAUUGCACAAACUAACUGGUAGUUAUGUCCCUGGGGAAAAAAUAUAUGGAGAAGUUAUUAUAGAUUUGGUUGAAGACAAGAUUAUCCAAGCCCUCACAUUACAAAUUAAAGGUACAUGUGAAGUUUCAUGGAAAGAAAAUAAUUACCAGGUUGAUUCGUUUUCGGCUAAAGAAAAAUACAUCGAAAGUGUAAUAAUUCUUCGUAACGGAGAAAGUCACAACACUAACAGAAUAAAAAUCGACCAAGGACACAACGUAUUUCUGUUUAAUUUUACUUUACCCCACAAUAUUCCAAGUACUUUGAAACACGAUUGCGCUGAAAUAAAAUACAGUAUUACGGCGAUAAUGGAAAGGCCUUGGAAAUUCAAUCAUGAAACUGAAAAAUCAUUUCGAGUUGAAAGGCAAUUGCCAAUCGAUGAAAGUUAUUUGUUAGGAAUCGAUGAAACUGAUGUAGAAAAUUUCUCAUGUUUAAUACCGUGUAUUAAAAGAGGACUUAUGAAAUAUCGUAUUCGGUUACCUUCUACUGGCUAUACUUGUGGUGAACGUAUUUCAUUUAUGUUAAAUAUUGAUAAUAAAUUAUCAUCCGUUGAGAUAACAACUAUAACAUUACUUCUGAUUCAAAAAUUGAAAUUUUCAAAUCGAGAGCCAUUUCUAAAGUCAAAAACUGAAACAAAUAUUAUAACACGAGUUGUUCGACAAGGGCCGUUUCAAAAAGUAAGCGCAACGUUAUUAGAAAUAGAUGUUCAAAAAUUGCCUUUAUCACAUUGUCAAUACUGCAAGUAUAUUGAUAUUAAAUAUUUACUUCACUCUAUCAUCACUGUUUCUGGAUGUCACAAGCCUAUUCAAAAAACGUAUGACAUUUGUAUUGGAACAAAAGAUAUACCGGAAACAAUGCCUUUGUCUACAAGAGAAAUUUCAAAUACCAAUAGUCCAUCAGUACCAUUGCAGUCACCUUCAAUACCACCACCCAUUGAUUUAGCAACAGUAGAUAAUCCACCAACCCGAGAUAUUGACUUAAUUUAUUCUCACACAGAUUCAGAAGAUCCUCCACCAUCAUAUGAAACAGUGAUGGCUAUCGACAAUUUGAGAAGAUUAAGUAAAACUUGAAAAAAUUAGCAAAUAUUCACAGAAAAAGAGGAUUUCUUCUAUACAUUGAAAACAAAAAUUCUCUUGGGUCGAGAAAAAAAUUCUUGCGCCAAGAAUUUUUUCUAGUCCUAAGAGAAUUUUCCGCUUCGAUUCAUAAUGUAAAAUAUUUCUUGCGCUAAAAAAUAUUUUUUUUUCUGUGCAUUUAUGCAGAGUUUUACUUACACGGAGAAAAAUGAGACUCAAAAAUACAGGAAAUAAUAAUAGAAAGUCUGUCAAAUUUUAUUAUGCUAGUCUACUAAACUUGAAACAGGUUAAUUAGUGUACUCUGCUCUUAUAAUAUUCGUAGAUUAGCAUAACAAAAAUUAAGAUCACAU